UGAUGACAGAUGCGAUCUAUUGUCAGUUUGCCUGACUUCCUUGACGUAGAAAAGAAAACAGCGAUUUUCUUUGAACUCAUCAGAUUUUUCCAGAAAAUUCAAUUUUAUUUUACACGCCCUCCAGACUCCUUGAAAAAUUCAUUCUAUUAGUGUUGUGAUAAGUGCUACUGAUAACAGCGGAGUUAACAUUUUGCUUCGAGAUUUGUUUAAAUUUAUUUAAAAUUGUCAUAUUUGAAAUCGGAAAUCUAUCGGUUGCAUCACAAUGUUAUCUCGUUUGUGUUUGGCUCGAUCCGCAUUAAGCGUCACCCAGACGCUAAAAACUCCAGUACCACAAAGAUUUAUCCCUAAAAACUACGUAGUAAGAAAUUAUGCCCGCGACGUUCGUACCAGGACUGCCACCAGGACACAGCCUUCUUUUUGGGAGAAGUUGAUGGCUCCUGCUGGGCCAAAUGCAUUUAGUAUUGGGAAAGGUGCAUUGGCGGGUGCUUCAGCUGUUGGCAUUGUUGCACUUUGCUAUUAUGGAUCAGGAGUUAAACCAGGAACAUUACAAGAGGCACACUUGUGGCCUGAGUACGUAAAAGAUCGAAUCAAGGCGACUUAUGGUUACAUAGCUGCAUCGCUGGCACUGACUGCUGGCAGCGCAAUCACAGUAUUCAGGACUCCCGCUUUACUGAACUUGGUGGCCCGAAAUGGAUGGGUGUCAAUUCUAGUCACAAUGGGCUUAAUGAUUGGCUCGGGCAUGGUGGUUCGUGGGAUGGAAUACACCCCCGGGGUGGGUGCUAAACAACUUGCCUGGGUGGUGCACACCGCCAUCAUGGGGGCUGUGAUCGCGCCCAUGUGCUUCCUCGGCGGACCAAUUUUGACUCGGGCUGCAUGGUACACGGCGGGCGUGGUGGGCGGGCUGAGCACGAUCGCCGUGUGCGCGCCGUCGGGCGAGUUCCUGAACCUGCGCGCGCCGCUGGCCAUGGGGCUCGGCGCCGUGUUCGCCGCCUCGCUCGCCGGCAUGUUCCUGCCGCCCACCUCCGCGCUCGGCGCUGGAUUAUAUUCACUUAGUCUCUAUGGUGGAUUAAUAGUAUUCAGCGGGUUCCUACUAUACGAUACGCAAGCGAUCAUCAAACGCGCAGAAAUGCACCCCAAAUACGGAAUGCAGCCUUAUGACCCAAUCAAUUCGGCAAUCUCAGUAUAUUUGGAUGUUCUUAAUAUCUUCAUGCGCAUUGCAAUCAUCUUGUCUGGGGGAGGCGGCAACAGGAGAAAGUAAAUUAGUUACACCCAUUUCAUUUUAUUAAUUUCUAGCUAUAUAGAUACUCAAAUAACGCGAAAUUUUCAGUAAUUAUUCUAUAUCUUCAUGGAAUAAUUGUGAUAUUAAGUAGGUAUUUUUAUUUUGUUAAUUGGAAAGUAAACCUUAAGGCUUUAAUAAAUACAAAUUAACAAGUA